CCACUGCCAUGGAGACCAGCUUGGAAGCUUACGGGAGCUGCUGUGGCCCAGGGCUCAGUGGGGAGGAAUAGGAGGCCAGGAGUCUUGGACUAGCUGCAGGGUUUGAACUAGGCUGAAGCAGCAGAACCACAGAGGUGGCUGAGCAGGGGUCUGACCCUGGGGCCACCUAGCCGCACUCACACACCCACUUCUCCCUCCAGAGCCCUGCCCUGAAGCAGGUCUCUGCUCCAGGCCUUUCCUAGUUGGGGAAUCGGGAGUUGGGGGAUCAAAGUCCCCCACAUCUCCCUCCCCCGCUGCAGCUGUGUUUAUCAAGGUGAUGUUUGGGGCGUCCGCCGCAUCACCCUGGAGCAGGUUUUUAAACCGCGCAGUCUCUUCCUCAAGCUUCAGCGUGCAUCAGACACCUGAAACACUAGCCACAGUUGCAGGUUCCCCAUCCCUCCGGCUGGAGGCGGGUCGGCCCUGUGCGGUGGUGGAGGGGAAGAGGAGAGCUGCCGGCUGCUCCAUGCUGGUGAACACUUCUUGCAGGCUGGUGAACCUCACCGCCCACCUGAGGCAGAAAGCAGGGUUGCCCCCAGAUGCCUCUCUCCAUGUCCUCCCAGCGACCAUUGCUCUUCUGGCUGAGGACGGCAACCUAGUGAGCCUGGAGGAGGACCUGAAGGAAGGGGCUGCACAGACCCAAACCAUGGGCAACUCCCUGCUGAAGGAGCGAGCCAUAUAUGUCCUCGUUCGGACCAUCAGUAAGAGGGAGAGGACAUGGUCCCCACCCGCUAUGAGUCCCUACUGGAGAACCUGGAUGACCAUUACCCAGAGCUGGCAGAGGAACUGCGCAGGCUGUCAGGCCUCUCCUCUGCGGGCCACAACUGGAGGAAGCGCAUGGGCACCCGGCGUGGCCGUCAUGAGCAAAGCCCCACUUCAAGGCCCAGAAAGGCCUGGGGACCUGGCACACUACUGCCAACUAGCCAAGUUGGACUCAGACCCAAGGGGGUUAGCCAUGACCUCUGCCUUGUGUGAUCAGGUGCAAACAGACAGCAACCCAGCACGACUCCUCUUGCGGAAUCUGGAAUUGCUGAGAAGUUGCAUCAGCAAGAGGGGCAAGGUCAGACAGGAUUUAAGGCUGCUGGGGGCACCUAAGCUGUGGGUGCAGAGAAUGGGAUGCGGAGGCAGAGACAAGAAGGGUAGACGUGGCAGGUAUCCCUGAGAAAGGGGAGAACCAUGAGUUCAUCCUGGAAUUCCACCCUCAGAGUCAGAUGCCCUUGGGAUCACCUACUAAUGCCUCUCCACCACACUCUGGACUGCCCAAGAUAUCUGUCCUGUGCUAACCACAGUGCAGAUUGCAACAGGGCUCCUCCUCCCCACCCAGGGCCCUGAUUAAGGUGAUGGAUUGCACACUGUAGUGAGACAUCCAUCCUGACCCCACCUCAUCAGCCAGGGAGCUCCCUGAAGACAGGCCAUCGAGAGAGGCACACAACAGGCUGUGUUCUAAAAUAAACUUUUAAUUGCA